AUGCUGCUCAUCCCUAUUUGGACGUGCAUCGUGUGCGUGAUUCUGGGGCGAGAGGAGAAGGGCUGGCUCAAGUUCCUUGGCAUUGUCGUCACAAUCAUUGGUGCCGUCGUUUUGCUGGAGGUUGAGUCUUUUGAGCUUUCACACGACACUAUGAUGGGCAACUUUUUGGUCAUUGUGACCACAGUACUGUACACCAUCUACAUUGUGAUGGGCAAGCCUCUCUGUAGCAAGAUACCUCCAUUCACCCUUUCGUUCAUCAUGUUUGGUGCUUCAAGUUGCAUGUGCAUCAUCUUUGUGUGGACUGACUGGGGUCAAUGGGGCGCGUUGUGGGAUCUCCCGCUAGAGGCGUGGGUGUCCGUCUUCAUUGCUACAUUUGUCGGCACCUUCGUUACCUACGGGUUGACAACGUGGGCACUCAGACAGGCGCCAGAAACAACGGUGGUACUCUACGGGCCAGUUGAACUGAUCUUCACUGGCGUCAUGGCGGUCACCAUCCUCGGCGAGAGGCUCACGUGGCGGCUAUUGGCCGGCUCGAGUGGCAUUGUUGCAGGCCUAUUCUUGGUGAUCUAUGCUCUGCACAGGGAAGCUGCUGCACGUCAACAGGGGCACCAUUGGCUGGAACAAGAGAGCCGGUGUGACACAGCCAACAGCAAGCCAGCCUGUAGCGUGGUAGAGGAAGGUGGGAGUGCCAAGCUUGAGCAAUGUGACGAAUCGACUGCGCUCCUUGGCACCAGGUGA